AUGGCUGAUCAGUACUCUCAAUACACUGUGCCAUUGGAGUUCCCGGAGCUGCUAAAGGAUUUGAAUAGAGAGGUCUUGCGCUCUCAACCAAAGAAUAUCAUACAGUUCUGUGCUGAUUACUUUGCCACCAAACUGGCUGAUCAACAAGCAAAAGGUGCAUCAGACUCAUCAGAGAUGCAUCUAGAAGAUGACCACGACGAUGGCGAAGACGCGCACGACGCCCACGACGAACUCCCCGACGAUGACGACGACUACGAAGACGAAGCUACUGAUGCCCAAGGUGCUCUCCCAGCAUCCUCAAUACCUGCAUCAUACACAAACCGUGGUCGCAGAACCUCCGUAUCCGCCGAAUCAAUGACUCCCACAAACGAAGAGUGGAUUAAAGUCGUAAUCCCCAAAACCGCUGAACAACGAUCGCGUAUUGAAGCUGCAAUCCAACAAAACUUUUUAUUCCGUCACUUGGACGAGGAACAAUAUGUCGAUGUAAUUAACGCCAUGGCUGAAAAGAGAGUCGCUACUGGUGAAGAAGUCAUUCGACAGGGUGCUGUAGGUGACUUCUUUUAUGUCGCUGAAACAGGUACAUUGGAUGUAUUCGUAUCCCGUAACGGACAGCCAGCUGCCAAAGUAUACCAAUACGGUCCUGGUGGCUCGUUUGGUGAACUAGCUCUAAUGUAUAAUGCUCCUCGUGCCGCUACCGUCAUUGCCACUUCAGAAUGUAUCUUAUGGGCACUCGAUCGUGUCACCUUCCGUCGUAUCUUGAUGGAAAACACGUCUAGGAAGCGUCGCAUGUAUGAAGAUUUCUUGGAAGAAGUCCCAUUGCUUGUAUCUCUAGAAGCUUAUGAACGACACAAGAUCUCGGAUGCUUUGGAAUCUGUUACCUUCCAAGAUGGUGACAUUGUUAUAAAACAGGGUGAUGUCGGUGAAAACUUUUAUAUUAUCGAGUCUGGUGAAGCUGCUGUCUCUAAAUUGGAUGAAAAUGGUGUCGAGUCUCAAUAUCCAUCGCUGAAGAAGGGUGAUUACUUUGGUGAAUUGGCAUUGCUGACCAACAAACCACGAGCUGCUACCAUCAAAGCCAGUGGUCGAUUGAAGUGUGCUACCUUGGGUAAAAAGGCGUUUGUACGUCUUCUAGGUCCGGUAGUAGAUAUCUUGUCAAGAAAUGCCGAUAAUUACCAAGCGUACAAGUAUGCCCUAUAA